AUGUCCACCACAACACACGCAACAUCAACAAUAAUUCCACCCCAUCCACACCCUCCAUCCACCUCAACCACCCUUAACCACCCCAGCGGCGGUGGUGGUGGUCCAUCCUCCCCAUCCCUCUCCGUCACUCUCUCCAUCCCAUCCACCACCCCAACUCCACUCAGCUCCACAACAGCCAGUCCCACCUCCUCGCCCACUUCCUCUCCCGUUCCCCGCCGCCGUCGCUUCAACAAUAACCACUACUACAACAACGCUAUCGGCAGCCUCAACACCACCUCCCUCUCCGACUACAACUAUGGCCAAGAUUUCUACUAUGGCAGAAGUAGUAAUAAUCGCAGCCGCAGCCAAAGUCCCUUCCGGUACUACCACCACCACCACCGCCCCUCAUCCAUGUCGAUGAUGCUGCUACGGCGACGGCCCUCAAAGGUCGAUCUGGCCCUCUCGGAGGAGCGAUCCCGUGCCGAUGAGGAUAAGAUUGAGCGGCUGGGAUUGGAUUUGAUGGAGCCGAGACCCGUGGAUCCGUUAUUGGGAGUGGGGUUUGCGUUGGAUAGUAUGGAUGAUAGUGUUUUUGGGGCGGUCGAUGGGGGCGUGUUGGAGAGGAGUGGUUCCCAGCCGAGGUUUGUGAUGGGCGGGAUUUUUGAGGUUAUGGAGGGAAGGGGGUGA